GUUCAUGUACACGGACUGGGCGGACCGUGACAACGCAGAAACCCGGCGAAAGACUCUGGUUGCGCUAUUUACAGACCACCAAUGGGUGGCACCAGCAAUCGCCACAGCUGACCUCCACGCUCAGUAUGGAUCUCCCACAUACUUCUACUCCUUUUACCACCACUGCCAGAGUGACGCCACGCCGCCCUGGGCUGACUCUGCCCAUGGUGAUGAGGUGCCCUAUGUGUUCGGCGUGCCCAUGGUGGGACCCACUGAUCUGUUCAACUGUAACUUCUCCAAAAACGACGUGAUGCUGAGUGCUGUAGUCAUGACUUACUGGACCAACUUUGCCAAGACUGGUGACCCAAACCAGCCGGUUCCUCAAGAUACCAAGUUCAUCCACACUAAACCUAACCGUUUUGAAGAAGUGGCCUGGUCUAAGUACACCCCUAAAGAGCAGCUAUACCUCCACAUUGGCCUGAAGCCCCGUGUCAGAGACCACUACCGUGCCACCAAAAUCUCCUUCUGGCUCCAGCUGGUCCCUCACUUGCACCAUGUCAAUGAACUCCUCCAAUCGGUGUCCUCCUUCACGCAUAGUCCCUCUCCGCAGGAUGACACACCUUACUCUUACACUAAACGUCUGGCCAAAGGUUGGCCGCCUAGUAGUACACGUCAUCCAAGUUCUCAAGGAGGUACUCCACAGCCGCCAGAGUCUGCUUUAGGCCAAGGUGGAGGGGAGAACGGGGUCCGCGUUCCUAAUGAGGACUACUCAACUGAACUCUCGGUGACGAUUGCGGUGGGAGCAUCACUGUUGUUUCUUAACAUCCUGGCGUUUGCGGCUCUGCUGUACAAGAAAGACAAGAGGCGUCUUGAGCAUCGUCGGCCACGUCCACUUCCACCCCCGAGGCGGGACAUCACACCUGCAGAUGUUGCCGCCCACCUGCAGGGGGAGGGACUGAUGUCGUUACAGGUGAAGCAGCUGGAGUGUGAUGCAGCAUCAGCAGAUGAGAGGAACAACGCUCACCACCAUCACACACUGGAUACACUGGAUGCCCUGGAUGGCUUGGACACCCAGGACAUCUACAGCACACUGGACACCGUGCGCCUCACCUGCCCGCCCGACUACACCCUCACGUUGCGCCGCUCACCUGACGAUGUCCCCCUCAUGACCUCCCUGACCCCAGGGUCGCUGCCUGUGACCCCAGGGUCACACCCUGUUACCCCGGCGACGCCGAUGACUCCCAUGACGCCUGGAUCAGUGGUGGGGAUUAGGAUGGGGCAUCCACACCAGGGAUACACACACCAUAGCCCAUAUAGUAAUACACACUUGCCACACACACACAUCUCCACGCACACACACUCCACCACGCGUGUAUAACCGCAGCAAGAUACUUGCACAUACAGGGACAUAAUUACAAGUCACACAUGCUAACACACUCACACACGCACACACACAGAGACACACACAUACAGACACAUAAAACAAAAGACUUAAAUACCUCUACUAAUUACCCUGCAGGAUUGUUACAGAUGGAGUGACAGAAAGACAUUUUCAGUAACAGGAUGAAAAGACAGACAGCUGUGUGUUGCAUGUCGGGGAACUGAAGACAAACUGGAUCCCGGGAGAUGCAGUUCUAUGCAUCAUUCGCUCAUAACCUGGAACAAGACGAGCCAAGACAUCCAUCAAACGUCUCAAAGCCUGCUUUGGAUAUUGAAUCCUCUGCUUUUUCUACACCUGAGGAGGAAGAGGAGGAGUACUGUGGCAAAAGGGUCAGUUAUGGAUCAGUUUACAUCUCCUACUGUACCUGUGCUGCACAGUGAAGCAGUGCUGGGACUGAGCAGAGCAGAUGUCGAUGCAGAACUGAGCUAAGAAGUACCACACACAGACUGCUGAUGUCAACUUGAACAACCUGUGAAAUGUGAAUGUAGCAUUUUUUCCAUUAAAAGAUCAAAGGCCCUAUCUGCCAAGGAUCAACCUAAGCUGAGGAGAAAAAAAAACAAAUUUCAGCCAGAGAUGGAUGUAAAAACAGACAGAGAGGAAGAGGGGAUUAAAAAAAAACAACAUUAGCUGAAGGAAAAGUUAGUCAGAUGGUGUGAAAGAGAUUAAGAAUUCAUUGAGAGGGAUUUAACAGCUGUGAGUGCGAGAAAGAUGAAGUGAGAUAGAGAUAGAGUGAUAUGGAAAACACAGGAACGGAAGUGUGCCAAGAGACAGAAAUUAGCUUCAGAAGAAGAAGGGGCCUCUGAAGUGUUGUCAGAUUUACUGAAGAAUCACUCUAACCAGCUAUGUGUUAAACUCUUGUAAAUAGAAUGGAAAGAUACAGAUGAUAUAUUAUGAUUUAUAGCAUUUACCUGCUCUUGCAUUAAAACAUGACUUAUUUAACCACAUUAUUGCUUUCAUUUCAGAUAUUACUAUAUUAUUGUAUAGAUGUCCUGAAGCAAGGCUGGUUGUCUGUUUAUCUCACCCACUGUAGUAUGUACACAGUACCUUUAUUUAAAGGCUAUAUUUGCUAUGCACAGUCAUUUCAAUAAUUCUUAACUAUGUAAACAUCUAGAUACCUGUUUAGUAGUUGAAGUAUAAGACAUUUUUCACAACCAUCCUGUCUAUUUGUUUGAUCAUCGGAUGAUGAGCUAGUACUGUGUAGAUAAUGCAAUAUUGGUUUGAUGAUUGAGCACCAGCCAAAAACCAUGACCCCUAACCCUUUGAACCUAAUCCCUUCCCGUUCUCCUUUCCCCCCUUGGUCCUAAAAUUUUCUUUAAGGACUUAGCCGUAAUUUCCUACUAAACCCAACAUUAAUUAAUGUCUCUGCAGACAGACAGGUGGUGAUGAUUCAGGGGGGUCACAGCGUGUCCCAAGAAGUCAAGAAUGCUUUUUCAUAUUUGUCUGACCUUUAUGUUUAACACCUUACCAGGGGCCCCAGUAUUUAAGAGCCCCUGCUUGAACUACCUAAUGCUGACUGAAACCUUGUCCCUCUCAAAGCCACCGAUUGGAAGAAUUUGGCCAAGUUGCAUUUCAUUAAUAUAAUAAUUGUUGAAGCCCAAAAUGUUGUGUAGUGUAGACCCAGAUUUUCCAGCCUGGGAUUUGGUUUACUAUCUGCUACAACACUGUCAAUUGUUUGGGUACAUAUUUGAUUAAUUAAGGGGAGCGUGGGUGGAGCUGAGGAGGGAUGAUCACAUCAUUUGUGUGACAGUUUGACUCGACAUUGAUGGCAAACACACCUCCAAACAUACCACCUUUUAAGCCUUAAUAUCCUCGAGUCUUAAUGGAGCAAUAUUUUUUCAAAUUGCUACCAAGACACGCUUUAGAAGAUGUUAAAUUAAUUAUUAAAACCCCAACCAGCAUCUUGUAGAAAUAAUGAUUGACUUUAUUUCCGAAGAGUUGGAGGUUUUUCUGCUGACUUCACAGCGAAUGCUCGAGGGCGGCAGUGGUUGCUACUAUGUGUCAUCAUAAUAAGAUUUGCAGCAUUCAUAAAAUCUAUUUCAACCAAUUCUUAUUGACAUUCAUGUGGCAGAGAUGUGGCACUGUCAUGGCUGCCACUAAAAAUGACAAAUGGUCAAACUCUGUCUAUCUGGUUGCUACUGUAAAGAUAAAAACCUUAUAUUCCAAUUAAAUAACCACCCCCAAACUCCCACACCUUGAUUCUAACCAGUAACUCAGCCAAACGCCCUAACCCUGAUUUAGUAUUUUUCCUGUUUUAUCUUUUCUAUCUUACCUUUUCCUGCUCCUUACCUUACCCUAACCUGUCCCUUCCACCCCUGCUCUGCCCCCCUCCCCCUCCCAGCCUCAUCUGUGCGACUACAUGCAGCUUUGUCACAGUGAGGCCUAUUUAACCUCCUCUCAUCCUAAGUAACUUCUUCAUGAGAGAUUUUAGUUAAUUGUCAACAAAAUACAUGAAAAAUGAAAGCCGAAGACAUUUGUGGAUGGCAAGCAAAGAACUUUUACAAAAUGAUGUAAAAAUAACAUUUGACGGAUGUGUUUGAUUGACUGAAUAAUUUUUUUUCAUAUGGGUUUAUUGACUCAGCGGACGGCUGGA